ACGUGUCGGUGACCUGCAGACACUCAGAGACCAGGUUACUGUUUCCAUGUGAAGUUACUGGGUUAUGUUAUAAUAAACAUGAUGUGAGCACAUUAACAGUGAAUCAUCCUCUAAACACACCUGCUGACACGAUGGCCUACAGGAGAGCCGUGAACCUUCUACCCAGAGGAAAGGAGAGCCUCUUCAGUCUGUACGUAUCUCACAAAACACCAACUGUCAUCACACAAACUGUCACAUCUCAUCAGUCUGGCAGAAGAACUGUAAGAAGUCUCCACACCAGCAAACCUAUGAUGAUGCACACCAGCACAGCUGUGAUGAUGCACACCAGCACAGCUGUGAUGAUGCACACCAGCACACCUGUGAUGAUGGUGACCAAGCUGCUGUCGGUGGAGGAGCUCUUUGCUAAGAGGUCUGUGCAGGAGUACCUGAAGAAGACGGAGACGGAGUACAGUGAAUGCCUGAGAGCAGCCAACAGCAGUGGGACAGAGGAGCAGUGCAGCGAGGACGAACUGAGGGACAAGAGGACCAAAGUGUCCCUGCUGGCUCCUCUGAUCCAGACCAUCAGAGAGCUGGACGCCAAACAGAGAGAGAUGGCUGACAUCGAGACGCUGCUGAAAGACGAAGACGCAGCCCUGCGAGAGCUGGCCGAGCUGGAACAUGAAGGAUGUCUGACAGAUAUUCAAGAUCUCAGACAAAAGAUCUUGGAUCUGUUGAUCCCUGAAGAGGAGGCCGAGGUGAGCGACCUGGUCCUGGAGGUCACAGCCGGGGUCGGGGGUCAGGAGGCCAUGCUGUUCACUGAUGAGGUGUUUGACAUGUACCAGGGCUUCGCUCAGCACCACGGCUGGUCCUUCGACAUCCUGGAGCACAUGACCAGUGAGAUAGGUGGACUCCGCCACGCCUCGGCCAGCAUCGGCGGCCCUCAGAGCUACCAGAGGAUGAAGUUUGAGGGUGGAGUCCAUCGGGUUCAGAGGGUUCCCAGGACUGAAAAACAGGGCAGGAUGCACACCAGCACCAUGACUGUGGCUGUCCUGCCCCAACCCACCGAGAUCUCUUUCACGAUAAACUCGAAGGACCUGAAGAUAGAAACGAAGAGAGCAAGUGGAGCUGGAGGUCAACACGUCAAUACCACAGACAGCGCAGUCAGAAUAGUCCACCUGCCGACAGGCGUGGUCGCAGAGUGUCAGCAGGAACGGUCCCAGAUAAAGAACAAGGAGAAAGCCAUGAAGGCUCUGAGAGCAAAACUCUACAGCAGGAAGCUCGAGGAGGAGACCAGCAAACGCUACAACCAGCGGAAAAUACAGAUCGGCACCAAAGGCAGAUCAGAGAAGAUUCGAACCUACAACUUUUCCCAGGACCGAAUAACGGACCACCGCAUCGGCAUGACGGUGCACGAUGUAAAGAGCUUCCUGCUGGGAGAGGACCUGCUGGAAGAGAUGAACUCCUCGCUGCAGGAGUUCUCCGACCAGGAGACACUCGCCGAGCUGCUGGAGGACAACCAGCUGGAGGACUCCUGAGUUUGGAUCUGAGAAACUCAGACUGUGAUGGAAUGGAUGUUUCAGCAAAGCGUGCUAAACACCUUCUCUGCUUCAACGUCUUCACCAAACACGGAGGAAAAGGACCACGAUGGAUUAGAAGGAUUACCCAAGUCUUCAUUCUUCAUCCACAUGUCCUGGAGGGACGAGCAACGUCAGCGGGUCAUGACUAGAACUUUAAUGCUGAUGCAGUUUUCAUCUGAAUAAACACUGUUGAUAAGGAA